GAGCGCAGCGCUAGCCGGUGACGGGUGAUGAUAGUAAUACGUAGUAGUAAUAAGUCGGCGAGCCGAAAAGUCUGCCAUAAUCGAGAGAGAAGUGCAACAACCAAAUAAAAAAAAAAAAUAGUGCAACUGUAAAGUGCAAUUGUUUUGCAAAACAAUAGAAAAUUAAGCAAAAUCGAAAUAUGUAAAUUCAAAUGUAAAAAUCAAUCAAUGCAACGAAAUUAGCGUUGCGUGUGUGUGUUUUUUUUUGUCGUUUCUACAAAACUCCUGCCAUGUCUGCCAUGGAUGGGUCGUCCUGUUGAAGAAGAACUUUUUGCUUCCGCAGUACGAAACCGAAAAUCGAUAAAUUCGUGCUGUAUAAGUUACGGCAAAAGGUGCGCGCUCGUCUCGUCUCGGUUCGGCUCGGGUCGCUUUGGUUCGGGCUUGGGCAACCGUCUUCUCUUCUUCUUGUUGUUGUUGCUGCUGCUGUGGGUCGGUGCAGAUUGCAACAACAAAAACAACAAGAAAAAAAACGCCGCGCAUGAAACGUGAUUGAAAUUAUUGCAAAAAGAAAACGGCGCUUACACGCGCCAAACAGGCGCGCGUAGGCGGCAAACAGUGAAAGAGAGACAGCGAACGCGAGAGAGAGAGAGAGAGCGAGAGCUAGUGAGUGAGUGAGCGCGCAUUGAGCCUCUCGAGUAAAUCAGGAAGCAAAGUAAAGGCAAAAAAAAUAACAAACAAAAAUACAUACACUGACUGGCGAAUAAAUAGAAACCGAAAACACGAGUGUAAAACGUAACAGCACAAAAAGUACUAGCAUGUAGUAAUGUAGUAGUAGAAGCAAGGAACAGAGCGAGAGCCGAGAGCGACGAGAGCGUGAGGACGACCCCACGGACACUCAACAGACACACAUACAUACAUACAAACACACUCGCACAUAAAGACAUACAAAAAACGUGGGCGUCGCAGCCGCCGUCGCAGCUGACGUCGACUUUGUCGUAGUAAGUUUUUCUGUGUUGUGGGUGCAGUGUCGUCGCGUAAAUACAAACGUGUGUGUCUCUGUGUGUGUGUGUGUGUGCCUGUGUGCGUGCGUGCGUUUGGAAUGUGUAAUAAAUAAAACAAAAGCACACAGCGAAAAAUCAUGAUAAAGUUUGUCAGGCACAAAAAUCGUGAGAAUUCAUUAAAGGCAUCGAAAAAUUUUCUGCGAAAAAAGCGUGAAUCGAAUGACUCUGGCACCGAAUCUGAUGGUGAACUCCUCGAUGUGGAAAACAAACGUCACUUAGACGUGGAUAUGGAAACUAGUUUGAGUUCCUGUACGGAUGCAAAUUCACCAACAACCGAUACUGCAUGCUCAUCGGAGUCUUCGGCGCAUGCUGCUGCUGCUGCUGUUGCCGCUGUUGCUGCAACAACAAUGAUGUGUCACCAUCAGACAACGUCGUCGUCCUCGUCAUCCUGCGCCCAUCUCAUGUACGACCAGCAUAGCUCCGAGGAGGAGCUGGAGGUCAUCAAUGGGCCAUCAGCGGUGGCAGCUGCAGCAGCAGCAGCGGCGGCGGCUGCGGCGGGAUCGUUGCAUACACCGACAAAAGCGACACACAGCAGCUGCACAGCAGCCGCGGCAUCAUCAUCGUCCUGUGUGUCGCGUCUAUCGAAUCGGGGUUGCACCUCAUCCCUGGACACAGAGGCGCCGCCAUCAUCAUCGAACUCGAAGCGUUCCAGCUCAACGCUGAUGGUUGAGAACCGUAAGCGUUCGCUGGCCCACAGCUCCGAUGAUGAGUUGCGCAACUCGCUGGAGCCGAUAUUGACGCCCGUGAAUUUUCGCACAUCGCCGCCAUUGGAGGCAUUUAAGCCAAAUCGUAGCCAUAUGAUGUUCCGCUCCACAACGCCACUGAUAUUAUCGGAGGCCAGAUGUGGCAUCGAAAAUAUUAAAUUAUGUGAUAAUAGUGUAAAUGACGAGGAGAACGGUGACGCCACCAACACCAACAACAGCAACACCAGCAACAAUGGCAACAACAGUAACAACAACAGCAACAGCAACAACAAAUGCGCCAAACUUGGUGGCCAAGUUGGCAACGAGAACGAGCCGAGUGUUAUUAAGGCGUGCAGCAGCUCGCUGAAGAUGAGCAACAGCUCCCAUCACAUUUACCAGCCGCAGCCCAAAUAUAGUUUCCAUUACAAUAGCUCCAGGAGCAGUCCGGCCUCCACAACCGGAUUGGAUAUGGAGGUGCGUUCGGUUAGUCCGCCAGCGAAAUUAUUUCAUUGCGCCAUUUCGCCGCGUCGACGUCCAAGCAACAAUGUUGCUGGCGGAGCAGCAGCAGCAGCAGCAGUGACAAAUGUAGCUGGUGAUGCUGCGGCUGCAGCAGCUGCAACAAAUAAUGCUGGCGUUACCGUUACACAGAGACUGCAACGGCCGCAUCGGCCGUGUUUAGAUUUUGAUAAGAUGCAGCAGGUGAGUCUCUAAUGCAGAGCGCGCUAACAGCGAAAAUGAAAGAUGAGCAGUGGAGAAAUGGAGAAGAGGAGAAAUGGGAAAUGGAGAAAGCAAAGGCAAAUCAAAGACUUUUUAUACACAACAACAGCAACAACAACAAAAACAUCCACAACAACAACAACCAACAACUGCAAACUGUAAAAGUACCUAAAAGCAGCCAGUGUUGUUGAACAGCACUGUUUCCAUACAGCACUGGUCAAACAACUAGGCGCACACAACACGAUCAAACUUAAGAACGUGUCAGGCAAACAUAAAAAAUAAACAACAAAAAAACAACAGGCAAACAAAAAA